UGUUUUUACUUUUUUGCUAUCUGAAAAUUCCAUUUAAAUGGAAUAACAGCAGCGCCGCGUCACUUCUAUCUUUUGGUUACCCUCCAAAUUUUCCUGAGAAACAAACAAAGCCUUAGCCUUGGCUGGAACCCUCUGAUUGUUAAUUUUUCUCCAAUUAAACGGUGUUUUUGAUAACUGUGUACUCGUUUUUCCAGUUGCCUCGUUUUAGCAAAAAUAAAUUCUAGUUAUUGUUUCCAAUUUUCACUCCCCCCCCCCCUUCCCGGCUCGGAUUAUAGGGUUAGGACAAUUUUCAUCUAGGAAUUUUUCUGAGAAAAAAAAGAUGAUGAGAAGACAACAACGAAAUCAGGGCCAACAAUCAAGGUUUUUCUACGAGCUGUUGGCGCUGGUCCUAAAUCUUCUACGAUUGCCUACGAUGCCGCUUCCCUUCUCUGACCAACCAGCCGCCCCGGAGAGGAGUCCUCUUCCGCGAACGGCAUCGAUGACGACGAUACCGCCGGCGGGAUUCGCUUGGCUGAUGCUAGGGAUAUCUGUUUCGUUGAUGCUGUGUGGAUCAGUUACUUUCUUUAUAGGGUUCAUGUUGAUGCCUUGGGUUCUUGGUUUGGUCAUGGUUUGUUACGUUGCUGGGAUUGUUUCAACGGUUUCCAUGUUAGGUCGUUCGAUUCUGUGUUACGCCAUGGCCCCUCCUUCGCGGCGAAAGGAUAUCCCUGGUUGCAGCUAUGAGAGGUGAGCACCAAACCUAGGAGAAAAGAAACUGGGAAACAGAGCUUAAUGGGAACUCUCUUUCAGAUCACUGAUAAGACUUUAUAUUCAAAACGCUGUGGGAAUUGUGGCAUUGCAGCAUGGAAACUUAUGUGAAGAGAAAAACAAGAUUGAGACAGAGAAUUGGAAUAUGGGUUGGAUAAUUGAGCAGCACUGGAGUUCUUGGGAAACCUAUUGUACCAGGCUUUUUUCCAGUAGUAAUGCAUCCUGGAAAUGUGCAUAAAUGUUGCUGCAGAUGUAACUGAGAUAUGUAGAUGUAUUGUAGCGUCUUUGUGAAUACAACUAUUGGUGUUCUAUUUUGGUUAUUACCAACCCUUUAUUGCGUGCAA